CUGACCCCCGAGAGGCUCCACUGGUCAGCUAGCAUGGGGGGCCGCCCCUGUUGCGUAGCCAGUUUCUCCUCACCUUCUGUUCCCCUGGGCUUCCUGGGGUUUGUGUGUCUGGCACUGAUGCUGGACUCCCUGUGCUGGCCACCCGCCUGGUAGGCAGCAGCCAAAUCCCUGAAGGUGAGUGCUGGUGCCUCAGUCGCUCACUCCACUGCAGCUGCAGGACCCAGCCCUUCCAUUCACAGUGCUGGCCUGGGGAAGUGGAGAUGCCACUGUGUGGUGGCAGAAUGGUGUGUGAGUUGUCCUGCACAUGUUAAGGCUCCUCACCUUGUGCUCCCCCAGCCAGAGCUGUUUGCUGGUCAGCCCCAACAACCACCCGGGCCUGUCAAGUUUGUUUCUUCUUUCUGCAGGUGCCAGGUCAUUGAGCUUUGACCAUUUGGGACACUCCUGAACCCAAGGAACUAUGACCUCAGAGCAGCACACACACUUGCCCCAUGCACGCAAAAUUUGCCAUGCUUCCCCAGCUGCAGAACACGAUUCAUCAGGUGGCACCGCCACUGCAUGGCUGAGAGUCAGUCUAUUGCUCCACGCGGCCCAGUACAGGACUGGGGUCAGGCCCCAGAAAGCUGGCCAGCAGGGAUGGCUGAGAAGUCUCUCAGGAGCACAGAUUGCUUUUUACUCCUGGAUGAAGUGUUUUGAAGGCAGGAAAGUCAGCCCCUGCAUUUCUUCUUUCAAUGUCAUCAAGAAGGGGCUUGUGGGCUCCAUGAAGGCCUUGCAGAAGCAGUACGUGUCCUGGGACGCGGUGGUGACAAGUGAGGAAACUGAUGCCAACACCGUGUACAGUGCCCUGGAGGCCAUAUUCAUCCAUUGUCUGCACACCAAGCACAUCCUCGCCAAGGAGGGAGACAAAAGGAAGAAGCGUGCCCAACGGAAGCACUCGCCGCAGCCUGCCUUUUGGACCCUCCUGAAAGCUGUCACCGACAAAAUUCUCGGUCAUAAUCCUCUAACAACUAUUGAAGAUUCAUAUCUUUUUCAAUUGCCAGCAUUAAAAUAUCUAGACAUGGGAGCAACACAAGUGUAACUUGGACCAGUCCAAAACAGCCUCAUGAUGACUCUUGAAUUGGAAAAACUAUGAGGAAGUGUCCAAUAGCAACACCGAAGGGGACUUCAUGAAGGUUUUACAGGCCCAAAAAAGGAAUACCAGCACUGAGCUAACCACUGAAUCAGAGAAGACCUCGUCAGAGAGAAACAGCAUGUCCCUUUUAGUGAAUGAGCAGCUAGACGUGAAUGAUGACAGUGAUACCAUUACUGGGCUAAAUUACGUAGUGCCUUUUCUCCUGGAUGGGAACAUAGGAGAUUUUGAAUCAACAUUGUUACCCUUCGUUAAGCUUCUUUUUCCAGAUAUGCAAGAUGGAGCAAAUCCUCUGGAACAUUUGAAGAACAGCACAAUUCCAAUGUCUCUACAGCUCGAAUCCAACAAUACAAUACACAGUAAGUCGAAAGUCUCCUUUUUCUGGAAAGCUUGAUAAAUGCAGGAACUCAAGCAGAA